AUGAUAAAAGAUCAAAAUGGAAAAUGUAAUAAUAAUAUUUCAUAUUGUUUAAAUAAAUCAUAUGUUAAUGGAAAAUGUGUUGAAUGUUCAAAUACAUAUUCACCUAAUUUGAAGGGAGAAUGUAUUAAUACAAAAAUAGAAUAUUGUGAAGAACAAAAUACAUAUGGAUGUAAAAGAUGUAAAGAAGGAUAUUAUUUAACAAAAGACAUGAAAUGUUUAAAAUGUGAUAGUAAUUGUGAAACAUGUUAUGAAACACCUACAUAUUGUAUGAGUUGUUCUAAUGAUAAAUAUUUAAGAAAUGAUAAAACAUGUCAAUCAAAUAAAGAAUUAAAUGGAACAUGUUUACAAAUAUUAGCAGAUGGAAGUGGAUGUGGAAUAUGUAAGAAUGGAUAUUAUAGAAAUGGGAAAGGAUGUUCAAAAUGUGAAAAAGAAUGUUUAACAUGUAAUCAAAAAGAUAAAUGUAUAAUAUGUGGAGAAGGAUAUUUUAUGAGUUCAACAGGAAUAUGUAAAUCAACAACAACAAUUAAAGGAUGUAAAGGAGAAAUAGAUAAAGAAUAUGGAUGUAGAGAAUGUUUAACAGGAUAUUAUUUAAUAAAUAAAGAAUGUUCAAAAUGUGGAAAACAAUGUAUGACAUGUUUAAAUGAGAAAGAAUGUAAUACAUGUGAAGAUGAAUAUAUAAUAAUAAAUAAAGAAUGUAUUCAUUAUUCAAAUAUUAAUAAAUGUAAAGAAACAAAAAAUAAUAAAUGUUCAAAAUGUUCAUUUUGGUAUGGAAUCAAUGAAGAAGGAACAAAAUGUAAUAAAGAAAUUAAAAGAAAGAACAAGAGAAAACAACAACAAUAUUUAAAAUUUCACAAUCAAAUAUCAAAUUUAUAUCACUUGGAGAUGGAAUAA